CUCAGCACAAACGCGCAGCAGAGAGAACAGGGCGGGGCGAGAGAAAGCGAGAGGCAGGGCCACAGGCCGAGGCAGAGGCAUAGGCAGGCGCGAGAGGGAGCCGAAGGAAGGAAAGGGCCAGGGAUUGGAUUGGAGGGAGACGUCUCGCCGGCUUUCCUUCUUUCCAUCUGCGCUCUUUUUUUCUCUUCCUCCAGUUCAAUUCGCCGCAUCAAGAUUGUGAAUUUUCAAGAUCUCGCUACGCAGCCGUGGCAUUGACCAUCUGCACCUGUCGUCGGUUUUUUCGAGAGAACUGAUUUUCACGGCCUGCUGACAGGUGCUGGGACGUCUUGUUAUCAGAUUUGUACGGGGGUCAUCUCUGCGCUACGACGUUCUUGAGAAAUUGUUCGCGAGAUGAUUUGUUACCUUGGUAGGAGUGAAUUGCUCGAAACGCCAAGACCAGGCGUAUGCUAGUUGAUUUGACAAGUUUCCGGUUGGGUACUGUGGCCAAAAUUAAUCAACAUUCCGCUUAUUUGAAGGAAUUGUGCAGAGUCGGUCACGUAAAUCAUGGGUACGAUAUCUCAUUCUGCUGAAUUGCAUAGCAACCCAUUGUUGCAGAUGUUAGAACGCAGGCCUUGAGAAUCAUCUCGCGUGCGACAUCUCUCCAUUCACAUAUCUAUAUCCACAGAUUACGCCAGUGGAAGACCUCAUCCCGUUCCUAGGACCCGAGGUAAUCAAAGCUGGAGGAUUUCCGGAUUUGGCCUCUGUCAGAGUACAGGGAAGGGUUUAGGAAGUAACUAUGAAGUUUGGACAUCAACCAAGUCCUGCAAAGCUGUUCAGAGAGCUUCAAGGCGUUCAGUUGGUGCACUCCAAUAAAGUGGACACAGUACCCGAAGACGAACUGAGUUCGCAAUCUCAUUGCCGAAACCAUGGGCUGCACCUGCAACCUACGUCUACGUAUGUGAACGAAGCUGAACUGGUUCAGUUGCCACCAGAACAGCCAGUUUGGAAAGCGGUGUGGGAGUCACGACCCGCUUGGUUCAAGACUAUGGAUUGCGGGCACAAUGGUGACCGCUCCGUGAUGGAGACUCUAGUGAACGUCGUGACAUCCAUCCCGUUUGUGGCUAUUGGACUCCAGGCCCCGAGGAAAAAACCGGCUGCCAGACUCUAUGCAAACUCGUUGAUAGGUGUUGGCAUGGCGUCUUGCUUUUACCACACAUCUAGAGGGGAAGCCCGGAAGAUUUUCAGAUUUGGCGAUUAUGCAAUGAUUGCCACAGCAGCCCUGUGUCUGACUUCGGCCUUAAGGGAUGAUAAUUCCAGGACGCUAAUGCUGGCUUCAGCUUUUCUCAUUCCAAUUCAGCCGAUGUUGGUCACUGUCCUGCACACGGGAUUGAUGGAGGCCACUUUCGCAAGGAGGGCGCACAAUGAACCCAAGCUGAGGAAAGCUCACAGUUUGCAUACUUUGUCAUCUGUUCUUGGUAGUGCCCUCUUCGUUGCCGAUGACGUACUGCCCAACACUCCCUACAUUCAUGCGGCUUGGCAUCUGGCUGCCGCCUUAGGUGUUGCCACAUGCACCAAGCUACUUGAAUAAAUUUAGUCUAGGAUUUCAAGGUUAAGUUUGUUAUUAAGCUAAUAGUAAAUGAUGUAACAUACCAUCAACCAUCUGUAGAUCACAGCUUAUGGUUCUCAUUCUUUGCUCCGACAAAUCAUUUUUGCCUGCUCCUUCUUUCUAUCCCGCUUACAAGCUGGGUGUACUCAUAUAAUUUACGAAACGUAUAUGGAAAUCAUGAUUAUUACUAG